UUUCAGCUUUUUCAGCUUUUCCAGCAAAUGAAGCGCAUCCAGUCGGAGCUCUUUGCUCCUUAUCGAUUCUUGGGUGUGGUAACCGGUGAUGUCGCCCCGUCAAUUCGUUCAACAUUUGUCGCAAAAAAGUCGGCAUUGUCAGUUUUGUGCCCAAUUGAUAAUGUAAUCAUGCAAUACAAUGGAAAAAAGCUUCGUGCGAUUGGAAUGUCGGAACCUUUAAGCGAUAAAGUGUCAGCAGUCGCGUCUUCUAGCACGAGCGUGUUCGCUGCUCACGGAACCAACAUUACUUCUCUAGCAUUCUGCAGAGAUAUCAAAGAUUCCAUCGACUUGGGCGCCAAGAUCAAAAUCAUGACAUUAAUCGGAACUCAGCUGAUCGCAGUUGAUAUUUCUUCUGGAAUCCACGUCAUUGAUACAUCAGAAGGAGGCCUUCAAAUGAGCCUAUUGAUGGAAGGAUCCGACGAUUUUGAAAUAACGGCAAUCUGUCACCCAUCCACGUAUUUGAAUAAAAUCGUGGUCGGCAGUAGCACUGGUCGAAUGAAAAUUAUCAAUUUCCGAACUGGAAAAGUGAUUCAUGAGUUCCAGCGAAGUUUCGACUCGAGAAUCACAAUUAUCGAGCAAACUACUGCCUUAGAUGUGGUAGUUGUAGGGCUGGAAAAUGGUGAAGUGAUGCUUUUCAAUGUGAAAAUGGAUAAGAUCAUCACAUCGUUCCGACAUGACGCAAAGAUCACUAAUGUCGCUUUUCGUGACGACGGCGAAUCAACAAUGGUAACUGCCGAUAAGAACGGAACAAUGGCUGUGUGGGAUCUCGAGAAGCAGGAAUUAAUCGGAAAAAUCACGGGAAUUCACUCUGACGAGAUUAAUUGUCUCUAUUUUGUUCCAGGGGAGCCUAUCAUGCUCUCCGCUUCACUGGAUAACUCUCUGCGUCUCUGGAUUUUCGACAGUGCAGAUGGAAUGCCACGUGAACUUGUCCGCCUGGAAGGACACUCGAAACCAUGUGCCAGUAUCAAAUUUGUUGGAAAAGAUCACGUUUUGUCGGCCGGAAAAGAUGGAUCCAUUCGAAAAUACGAUGUUUCUUCGUUGACAAUGAGACAGAAGCUUGGCACAGUUGGACAGGGUGUUAAAUUGAAUAAAGAAGUUCAAAAUGUAGCUGAAAUGGCGUUUGGAUGGCAACGAGAAGCUGCAUGGAAUAAUGUGUUUUGCAGACAAGUAAAUGACACAAAAAUCACCACAUGGCAAACGAGAAACAACACCUCUGGAGCAUUUACACUGGAGCAUGAUCGUUUCAAGAAAAAAGUGGAUUUUAUUGAUGCAAAUGCGACUGCUCUCUGCGUAUCACCUUGUGGAAAUUUCGUAUUUAUUGGAUAUUCUACAGGUCAUAUCGAUCAAUUUAAUGCUCAAAGUGGCCGCCACGUUCAUUCAUUUACUGCUUCCACCACUGUGAAAAAGAGCAAGAAGUCUAAGAAUCCACGAAAAGGUCCCACUAAAACCAACGGCGAUAUUCACAACGACACUCCGGCUGCCGAUUCUCCGAUUACAUCGCUUUCCGUAGAUCAACGUGGAAAAGAGCUAAUGAGCACUGAUGCUCAAGGUCAUAUUCUGUUCUGGUCUCUUUCAACGAAGGCUAUCAAUGCGAAAAUGUUCAAAAAAGAUGUUAGAUUGGGAAUUUGUGCACCGUGCCCGUCGAAUAGUUUAGUGGCGUUGGUGGCGAUUGCUGAGAAUGGGAAAGAAAGUGUGAUUCUAGUGGAUACAGUGUGUCAUCGAGUUGCUAGAGCAUUUGAGACUGUUGGCAAUAAGGUCAACGCGAUGACAUUCUCAUCAGACGGAAAAUGGCUUCUAGUCGCUGACAAUGAUUCUUAUAUCCGUGUCUUUGAUGUUGCCACUUCUCAACUAAUCGAUGUACUUCUCUUCUCAAAACCAUGCAUUUCAAUGUCCUACAAUGAAACAGGCCAAUACUUGGCUACAGUUCAUGAAGGAGAACGGGCCGUCUAUACAUGGGCCAACAAGGUUCUAUUCGUAGCUCACAUCAAUAUUCGAGCACAUCCAGCUGACUACUUACCAUCUUGGAGCAUGAUUUCUACGGAAGAGGGCGGGACUUGUGAUAUUGACGAUGAUGAGGAUGAUUUGACGACGCUUAUGGAUCAAGAUAUUAAAGCGAUGAAAGAAUUGCAAAUUGAUGAGAAUCUUGUUACAUUCUCAGGACUUCCAUCAUCUCGUUGGGCUAAUCUUCCAGAUUUGGCACUUAUUAAAGAGCGAAAUAAGCCAACUGAUGCUGUUAAAAAGAUCAAACAAGCUCCAUUCUUUCUGUCGGCGUCUGCCACUUUGGAUGGAUUUGAAUUUGAAACUGAGAAUAUUGGAGACGAAAUGGACGGAGAUUCCAGAUAUAUUACAUCGAAGAGGAAUUUGUUGGAGUUGGAGAGCUCAUUUACUACUCUGCUCAGAAACGCCAAAACCCGAGAUCAUCUUCUUGACGCCUUCAAAACUCUUCAAAAUAUGAGUCUAUCGGCUAUCGAUUUCCAAAUUCGGACUCUGAAUCCGAAAACGAUUCCGAUUUUCUUUAGAAUGUUGUUGGAGGUUCUCAAAACAAAGACCAACUUUGAACUGGUUCAGGCCUACGCGGCCACGGCCACAAAAAUCCAUCGAACAAUUAUGUGGAAUGCAUCAGAAGGAGCAUCGGAGCAUGAAGAGCUCACAGAAGUUCUCGAAGAAAUGGCUCAAGUACAAAUGGAAAGUUGGAAUGAGAUGGAAAACCUAUUUGUUGAGAAUAUGGCAGUUGUUCAGUGGAUUAAAAAUGCAUUGCUUUGAUUUUAUUUUUUUUUGUUGGUUAUAAUAUUGUUUUUUUUUCAAUUGUUAUUCGUUGUUCCUCAGUUUUUUUUGUUAGAAAAUAUUAUGAAAAUUGUUGUUUUU